AUGGUGGAAACAAAGUCGGAAAAGUCUGCACAUGGCGAUGAUAUGCAAGAGAAUGACAAUCAGGAAGAAGAUGAAGAAUACAUCACAGGAUUCAAGCUGUGGGCGAUUUUGAUUUCGGGAACUCUUGUCCAGUUCGUUAUGAUGCUCGAUCAAUCCAUCAUUGCUACGGCAGUUCCGUAUAUCACGGAUGAGUUUCACUCUCUUCUUGAUGUGGGUUGGUAUGGAAGCGCAUAUCAAUUGGCCAGUGCUGCUUUUCAACCUUUAACCGGCAAGCUGUACACAUACUUGCGUAUUAAGUGGACUUUCUUCGCCUUCUUCUUCGUUUUCGAGCUUGGAUCCCUGCUUUGUGCCAUUGCUCAAUCUUCCAAGAUGUUGAUUGUAGCACGCGCAAUUGCUGGUCUGGGUGGUUCGGGUCUGCUGAAUGGUGGUUUGACGAUGAUUUCCGCCUGUUUACCCAAGCAUAAACGUCCGGCAGCUAUGGGAAUGAUUAUUUCUAUCGGACAGUUGGGUCAAGCUCUGGGUCCUCUUAUUGGAGGUGCUUUUACGGAAAAGGUGACAUGGCGGUGGUGUUUCUAUAUCAACCUCCCUAUCGGCGGUGUCGUCCUCGCCCUCCUCGCUACGCUUGACAUACCCGACCGCAUCGCAAAACCUAACCUACAAACCCUUCUCCGCACCAUUGUCACAACACUCGAUAUUCUCGGCUUCCUGAUCUUUGCCCCCGCCGCAAUCAUGUUCUUCCUCGCGCUUCAGUAUGGUGGGAAUCAAUAUCCAUGGGGUAGCUCCACAGUGAUUGGCCUACUCAUUGGCGCGGAAGUAACAUUUCUUGUGUUGCUGAGCUGGGAGUACUAUCGCGGUGACGAUGCCAUGAUUCCAAUUUCAAUGUUGAGGAAGCGGAUUAUCUGGUCGAGCUGUCUGACGAUGUUUUUCAUAACGGGGGUUUUGACGUAUGGCGCAUACUAUCUACCGAUUUAUUUUCAGGCGGUCCAGGGAGCAUCACCGAUCAUGAGUGGUGUUUAUUACCUGCCUGAUAUUCUGCUGCAGAUCACCAUGCCUAUGUUGUCGGGAAUUAUGGGCAAGUGCCCCCCCCCCCCCCUAAUUCAUGAUCAUUGGGUUGGAGGAACGGCAUUAGCCAGUAUUGGGUAUGGACUGCUCACAAUGCUCACACCAACAUACAAAACUGCAAACCGUGUUGGAUUCCAGAUAUUGGCUGGUGCGGGCCUGGGUAGUGCUGCGGCGAUGCCCUUCGUCGCGGUCCAAAAUCUGAUUCCGCAUGCCCAAAUCUCUGUUGCCAUGGCAAUCCUCGUAUUUUCCUUGAACUUCGGUGGGGCCACCUUCCUCACCUUCGCCGAAACAGAUUUCAGCCAAAGUCUGCCCGUUGCAAUCGCACACUACGCACCAGGGGUAGAUGCAAGCGCCAUUAUCGCUGCUGGUGCGACGGGCUUUCGGGGUCUAGUUUCUGCAGAUCAGUCGGUCGGUGUCUUGAAGGCGUAUAGCGAGAGUGUUGACCAUGUGUUUUAUUUGGUUUGUGCGUCUGCAGGGACGGCAUUCUGUUUUGCUUGGGGAAUGGGGUGGCAGGAUAUUAAAAGACAUAGCGUCAAGGAGCAGGAUCCGGCAAUGCCUUAG